ACAUGUCCGUUGUUGAAUGUACUGACAAAUGAAACCGGAUUUUCCAUUAAUGACGUGUUCCUGCGACACGUCACUGAAUUCCAUCAACUAGGGAAGCGGUGCCGUGUCGAGAUCUACAACACUGUUGAUCAAGGGUUUAGUGUCUUCAGAAUGGGUGGGUGGUUUUCCAGUCUCUUCUCUGGCCUGUUUGGUACCAAAGAGAUGAGGAUCCUGAUCCUGGGGUUGGACGGAGCUGGUAAAACUACCAUCCUGUACCGCCUGCAGGUCGGAGAGGUGGUCACCACCAUUCCAACGAUCGGCUUCAACGUGGAGACGGUGACGUACAAGAACCUGAAGUUCCAGGUGUGGGAUCUUGGUGGACAGACGAGUAUCAGGCCAUACUGGCGUUGUUAUUACUCCAACACAGAUGCUGUCAUCUACGUGGUGGACAGCAGUGACCGAGACAGGAUGGGCAUCUCUAAGUCUGAGCUUGUCACCAUGCUGGAGGAAGAGGAGUUGAAGAAAGCCAUCCUGGUGGUGUUUGCAAACAAGCAGGACAUGGAACAGUCCAUGACCCCGGCUGAGGUGGCCAACUCCCUGGGCCUCCCCGCCCUCAAAGACAGGAAGUGGCAGAUCUUCAAGACCUCCGCCACCAAGGGCACGGGCCUGGACGAGGCCAUGGAGUGGCUGGUGGAAGCCCUGAAGAGCAGGCAGUAAAGACAGCCCACACCUCUUGUUCUCUGUAAAUACUCCUGAACUCCUGUAUAAAAUACUUCCUGAUUGGACCGCUCAGGAGGACCAGUGACUGCACUCCUUCCAGGGGCACGUUCAGUACGCAAAUGUUGUGAAUAGAAAUGUCAUGAAUAGAGCUGACGUGAAUCCUUACUCUACAUGUCACAGGUUCUACACAAUACAUUUCUAUAUGAAGGUUCCAAAACAUUGUGCCCUGCUGAACACAGCCCUGCCCUAUCCCUGAAGCCUUCACCAUGCCUAGCCCCUCCAUGCCUUCCAGCCUGGGAUAGAGAGGCUGCAAUAUAGUAUAUUACCUUGUCCCAAAACACUUAUCGCCCAUAGCCCUGUGGUGUUUGCAGAUCUGAAGAGGACCGAGUAAUGUGGUGAUGGCUCCACAUUAGACCUCCAAUUGGAUGUACGACACACAUAGAUUAUAUAGUAUCUUCUGCCAUUUUUGGUGAACCCUUCUGAUCUGUAAACACCAAGGGGUUGGCUCAGGGGCAAAGAACUGACUGGCCCCUUCAAGGAAGAGGACCUGAGCAACGUUACUGCAGCUGGUGCUGUUUUUUAUUGCACUACUCAUACUGAAUUUUUUUUUUUUUUCAUUAAACUUCUGUUGGGUGUGUAAAUAAAGUUUGAGGUUGUUAGUUUAGGCCUUUUCAUUGGAUUGCUAAAACUUUAAUGUCAGUUGUUGGACACUAACUGCUUAAUUUGUAUGCUACAACUUUUAUUGCAUAUUUGAGCUUGUACAGUGAAAAUUACCCUCAGUAACAUGGAUUACAGACUGAAUAUAUACA